GAUACGACCGGUAAACCGAAACUGGAACUGGUACCCGAGAGUACUGCCUUCGGUGAUGUGUUUUUACCACGAUUAUCCGGGGAUCGAACCAACACAGACCACGAUUCAGUCUACCUUCUAGUGGGUCAUGGACAAGAUACAAACCUACUGUUCAAAGCUACACUGAAUCCGGCUCGAAUCAUCACAUGCCGAUUGGAGACACGUCCUUUGGUUGAUUGUCCUGUGAUACCUCGUAUUAAAGCCGUUAAUUUUUCAGUUGAACAUUCGGAAUUCAAUUGGUUUGUAACCAAGGAGUUUGACAUGACACACGCGUCACCCACUUCUACUCUGAGUGAUAUAGCCUAA